CAAGCGCUUAGAAGCAGUUCUGAGCCCUCAUCGAAGCAGUGGAGGCGUAUCGGCAGGGAAAGUGUCCUAGCGAAGCUAACACCGAUGAUCGAUGAGUCCGGUGUUUUUCGGAAGGCGAGCAGAAUCGACCACCUGGCGGCUUAUUAUUCGUUCGACUUUCGAAAUCCUGUGAUAAUACCAAAAGAUCACCAUGUCACCACUACUCUUUUGAUCCUCCGACUUCAUCAAAGGCACGGCCAUGCCAAUACCGAGACGGUACCGAACGAGAUCAAGCUACGUUACUACAUUCCUCGGAUGAGAACCAGUUCGGAGAAGGCGAUUGAUACUCUCUCACACCAUCGAAGGCUAGACGUUGAAGGACUGCGAACAUUGCUCUCGGAUGCAGAAUUGAUAGUCAACUCCCAUCCGCUGACGUUCGUGCCGCUGGAGGAUCCCAAGGAAGAAGUGCUGACUCCAAAUCAUUUCCUUUGGCUAAGUUCCGGCGAGGACAGCAAACCACCAAGGGUACCAAUCGACGAUGUUACACCUCUUCGACCAAACUGGAAGGUUAUUAAACACUUAACAAACCAGUUUUGGAAGCGCUGGGUGCAAGCUUACCUACCUACUAUAGCCUGCAGGACGAAAUGGUUCGCGGAAACGCGGCCGCUGAAGGUCGGCGAUCUAGUGGUCAUCGUAGACGAGUCCGUGCGCAACGGAUGGCUCCGAGGUAAGGUGGUGAGGACUUAUCCAGGACGAGACGGACAAGUUCACAAGGUCGACGUGGAGACUUGCGACGGAUCUACUCUUCAAAGACCAGCGGUAAAGGUUGCUCUGUUGGACGUGCAGGAGGAGAGUAAAGUCGAUUGACUACGACGUUACGGGUUGGGGUGUUAGUAGAACUGGCAACCUUGGUACGGGAUCGGACAAACGUCAACGCGUUGGCGCCGAAAAGGAAUUGUCAUUGUUAGAAAAUUGAUCGAAACUGCGACACGUUUUUUCCUGACCUGGCAGUUAGUUAGUUUUUAGUGAAUAGUUUUUAGAGAAAACCUAGGUGGAAUCUAUUUGGCUAGUUGCGCGUGAUUUGAGUGCUCGCGGGUUUGUGAGUCGGAAGAGGUUAGGUGAUAGAAAUUCCUUACUGCGCAAUUUGCCACUAAAAUAUUGUAUUUCCUUUGAUAGUUUGAGUGACCGUUCGGUUGUUCCGGUUAGGUGUAC